UGUUGGACUGGAGGAUGACGGAUCCGAAUCACCCCAUGAACGCGCUGAUGCGUCUGAACCAGAUCCAGCCGGGGCUCCAGUACCGCCUGCUGUCCCAGUCCGGUCCGGUCCACGCUCCGGUCUUCACCAUGUCUGUAGACAUCCAGGGAACCAGCUACCAGGCCAGCGGCAACUCCAAGAGGACCGCCAAGCUGCAAGUAGCCCUCAAGGCUCUCCAGUCCCUCGGUUACGUGCUCGGCAGCGACGGAGACGUUGACUCUCUGAGCGCUGACGAGAAGUCAGAUGGCGAAGGAAAGAACGACAGGAUGUCCACCAGCUCCAGCUCCACCUCCAUCACCUCCUCCACAGACACGCAGGAGUCCCGAGCUCCGGGUCCGAUCCUGACGGCGGGGGGUAAAAACCCGGUGAUGGAGCUGAAUGAGAAACGCAGAGGCCUCAAAUAUGAACUGAUAUCAGAGAGCGGCAGCAGCUACGACAAACGCUUCAUUAUAGAGGUCGAGGUGGACAAGCAGGUAUUUCGGGGGACGGGUCCCAAUAAGAAAGUAGCUAAAGCCAGCGCUGCUCUGGCCGCCCUCAACAGCCUUUUCACCGGCUCCAAAUCUACGACCAACAAGAAGAAGCGGCCCAAUCCUCCACCGAAGCGACCCGUGACCUCGGUGCUGACGAUCCCGGCUCUCGCUGCCAGACCUCCACGAGUCCCCGUCAUCCCCAGAGCUCCUUACAUCAGCACCCCUCCCACACAUGGAUACAUCCCACCAGGUUUUGGUACUCCUUAUGGUUACAGCCCUGCAGGCGCUCUACCCGCCGCCUACGGCGGUCUGUACAUUGACAGUGCCUAUUACCAGCCGCAGACCAUAGCAACACCUAUCAUCAUCCACCUGGGCCCUCAGGAUCUUUUCUGA